CUGAAGAAGACUCUAAGGAGUGGGACUGAAGACUUAAGAGUGUAACGAGUAUUAUGUAAAUAUCCACUAUUAAAGAUAGUAACUAUUUAUUUAUUUUCAAUAAUAUUGUAGAAAACCAUUAAUAGAUGGAGGUAUGUGUUGACAGUAUUGCAUCUGCUGUGAAUGCUGCAGUUGGAGGAGCAGCAAGGCUAGAAUUAUGCAGUGCCCUCAGUGAGGGUGGACUGACGCCUACAGUUGGUUUCCUGCAUGUGGUCAAAUCACUAGUCAAGAUCCCCGUAUUUGUCAUGAUACGGCCAAGAAGAGGCUUGGACUUUGUCUACUCUCCUGAAGAAAUUAACGUGAUGGAGCUUGAUUUGAAUAAUCUCAAAACAGCGGGAGCAGACGGUUUUGUAUUUGGAGCCCUGACUCCGUCUAAAAGUGUUAAUGAGAGUGUCUGUAAAAGACUUAUAUUGGCCGCAUCCCCUCUGCCUUGUACAUUUCAUCGUGCAUUUGAUGUUAUCGAAAAUCCAUUAGUAGAGUUAGAAACGAUUAUAUCGUUAGGGUUUGUACGUAUUCUGACCAGUGGUCAAGAAGAAACCGCGGUUAAAGGUGUGAAAAUGAUUAAGAACCUAGUGAAAUGUUCAAGAGAAAGGGUAUCAAUUAUGGCAGGAGCAGGAAUAACAGACAAAAAUCUGGAGUAUAUCUUAAGAGAAACUGGAGUAAGGGAAUUCCAUGCUUCUGCCAGGACUCCCAUUAUUGUUGGUGAAGGGGAACAAGGGAACAGUGUGACCAUGGGAACAUCUGAUGCUGAUUCAUCUUUAUUGAUUACAAACUCAGAUUUAGUGGAGGAUAUGAUAAAAGAGCGAAGUGGCCAAAUGAUACAACGAGGCUAAGCUCGUAGUAUGACGUUUCUUAGCUGACUGCAGCCUGCAUAAGGAAGUACGAAUGGCCCUCUCAGCUCAAAAUUUGCUGUGGCAUUGGAAUUCAGGCUGAAUAUAAUCUGAGACAAACCUUAUCGUUGUCCUCAUCCGUAGACUAAUGGAUAUAGUCUCGGCUCUUGGUACAGACACGAUAAUUAGUUUAUUAUGCCAAUAAACAGUGAACAUCGAAGCCGGCAUAGUUAACGCUGAGGCUUAAAAUGAAGAAUUAUGAAGUUGUUUGAAAAUAUGUUGAGAACCGUUAUUGAUUUAUUUCACACAAUCAGUGAUGUGUUUUAAUGGAGUUGUCUAUUGCAUAUCGCUAACUUGUGACAUGAGUUUCAUAAGAUGUGGUUAAAUUUGAAGCAAUUUCACUGGUUUACGAAGGAUCGAUUUAAUUGUACGAUUAAAAAAAUAAAUAUUUAAAUUGGCAACGUAAAUGAAAUUAUUAAACUAUAAAAAACUCAUGUCAUGAACUUUUGCAUUGUAAAGUUGCCAUUAUUUAGAUUCAAAUCUUCAGAACUACUUUUAGGUAUUUAAUUAUCACAAAAGUCUUCUAAUUCAUCAUCUUCAUCCAGUACAUCACUUACUAUAGCUUGUAACUCUAAAUUGCCCAUUUUCAUGAAUAAACAGGAGUUAACUUAAUCGUGACAAUAAAUAAAGAAUAUAUCAGCUGUUAGGCAUCAACUAGAAUAGUUAUACCAUACCUGAAUAAUUAAAUCAGUAAUAUUUAGGCCUUUCUCACCAUUUUUCCUUUGAGGCAAAGAAUAUUACCUAAUAAAGAAAUGGAAUUUAGUAAAAUUCUAAUCUUAUAAAUUAAAAGGAAUUGCUAAAUGUGUUGUAAAUAAAGAAAUGGAAUUUAGUAAAAAUCUAAUCUUAUAAAUUAAAAGGAAUUUAUUGCUAAAUGUGUCGUUAAGCGCUAAUCUUGAGCAUGGCUGGACCAAUUGGGCUAAUUCUUUACUUAAAAGUUAGUUGAAGUUUGAAGAAGGAUUUUAUAAAGAGAAAGAUCGAUAAUGUUUCCCCGAAUACUUUAGAAUUCGAAAAGAAUAAUGAACAUUUAUUAUCAUAUUUAAUAUAAACACAUUUUGUUUUCAUUUUAAAUUUUGGAAAACGUGUUUACGAUCGAACUUUUACUCCAGAUUGAGCCAGUGACGAAUUAAAAAUAUCUAAUGUAUAUGUAUACUCUAUGUUGUUAAUAAUAUUAAAACGUUUUUACAGUAAGCUGUUUAAAAGAACAAACCUGUGAUUGCACAUAAGGUACACAAAAACUGGUUGGCUUCCUUGACAUUGUGGUAUAGCAUUUUAAAGUAGUUUAAAAAACAGGAAUGAACUAUAUCAUGCCUCAACGAGCCAUUCUUUCUUAUAAGACUUCCAUCACAAAAACCUGUUAUAAGAUAGCAAUAAAAUUAUUUUGAAAA